CACGGCUCCAAACCCCUGUGAGAGCUCCGGCGGGUCCGUGGUCAAGCUCGGGCUCCACGGGAGUUCAAUCGCGGGGAAUGUGGACGGAUACCCCGGAGCUCCCUGCAGCUCGGUCCAGGCCUGUGCAUUCAUGAGUGAGGAACCUGAGCUGGAGCUGAGCAUCCUGACAGCAAGAGCAGGGGCUGGUCAGGGCCAUGGCCACAGGCCCGGACACCUGGAAUGGCACCACCAAUGGCACGUGGGAUGGGGAUGAGCUGGACUACAAGUGCCGCUUCAACGAGAGCUUCAAGUACGUGCUGCUGCCCGUGUCCUAUGGCGUGGUGUGCGUGCUCGGGCUGUGUCUGAACGCCGCGGCGCUCUACGUCUUCCUGUGCCGCCUCAAGACCUGGAACGCCUCCACCACGUACAUGUUCCACCUGGCCGUGUCGGAUGCGCUGUACGCCGCCUCCCUGCCCCUGCUGGUCUACUACUACGCCCAAGGUGACCACUGGCCCUUCAGCACCGUGCUCUGCAAGCUGGUGCGCUUCCUCUUCUACACCAACCUUUACUGCAGUAUCCUGUUCCUCACGUGCAUCAGCGUGCACCGGUGCCUGGGCGUCCUGCGGCCGCUGCACUCGCUGCGCUGGGGCCGGGCCCGCUACGCCCGCCGGGUGGCGUUCGCCGUGUGGGUGCUGGUGCUGUCCUGCCAGGCCCCUGUGCUGUACUUCGUCACCACGAGCACCCGAGGCGACCGCAUCAUCUGCCAUGACACCUCGGCACCCGAGCUCUUCGGCCACUUCGUGGCCUACAGCUCUGUCAUGCUGAGCCUGCUCUUCGCGGUGCCCUUUGCCGUCAUCCUGGUCUGUUACGUACUCAUGGCUCGGCGGCUGCUAAAGCCGGCCUACGGGACCACCGGCGGCCUGCCGCGGGCCAAGCGCAAGUCCGUGCGCACCAUCGCCAUUGUGCUGACUGUCUUCGUCCUCUGCUUCCUGCCUUUCCACGUCACCCGCACCCUCUACUACUCCUUCCGCUCGCUGGACCUCAGCUGCCGCACCCUCGACGCCAUCAACUUGGCUUACAAGGUCACCCGGCCGCUGGCCAGCGCCAACAGUUGCCUCGACCCCGUGCUCUACUUCCUGGCUGGGCAGAGGCUUGUGCGCUUUGCCCGGGAUGCCAAGCCACCCACAGGCCCCACCCCUCCCACCCAGGCUCGCCACCGGCUGGGCCUGCACAGGUCCUACGGAGCUCACGCUGACAGGACAGAAGACUCGGCCAGCCGUGAGAACUCCAGGGGGACAGAGUCCUCGCUGGCUGGUAGUGGCGCUGACACUAAGGACGUCUGGCUGUAGGAGCUGAACCCCGGUUCAGGUUUACAUGAGAUGGGGCUGUAGACUUGUUCAAACGGGACAGUCUCCCCACAUAUGCACCAUCAGCGACUCGGGCAGGGUGGUCAAGGGAGCUGUGACCCCAGUGCUCUGUCAUUUGAGCAGGACUCAGCCUGUUCUCUGUGGUCCAGAAAGCGUGGCGGUCCCCACACCCUUAGUCACCAUUUGUAUGUGUGGGGUAGGGAGUAAGAUCUUAAGAAGGGAGUUCAGGGACAAUGCCAGCCCUGGCCUAACUCCCACAUAAAUACCUGGCUGUGCCUGCCAGGGUCCCCAGGCUGGGCUCCAGCCUAAUCAAGUCAAAUGGAGAAACAGGCCCAGAGAGGAAAGCGACUUCCCGAGGUCACACAGCCAAGCCUGGGCCUGAGCUGCCUGGGAGGGGUGGGGUUGCAAGUUGACCAGAGGACCCUGGUAAGGGGUAAGGGCUGAGCCAGCGGUUCCCACGAUGAGUCGGAGUGGUCUGAGUGCCACCUUGGGCUUGGCUCUGAGGAGUACCCUCAGUCCAAGGGAUGCAUGUCUGGAAACUGGUGUCAUAAAUCCAUCACAAACAGUUUAUGAUGAUAUAAACUGAUACUAAAUGUAUUGUUACUGCUGAGCCAGGCCCCGUUGUAUAGUUGGAGGAUGGGGUUACAGCCUGGGAAGCUCUCGCUGUGCACACUGCUGUCCUUUUUCCAACCUGCUCUUUUCUGCUGCCUGGCUUCCCACCAGCUGCCUUAGAGGUGGUCUCAUGUGAGGAAUAGCCUCCUCUACUCUAAAGUUAACUGACUUUUCUGCCUGAUUUUGCUGGCUGCAGAGGGUCCCAGUCCUUAGGGUCCCCCCAGUUUAGGAUUUAAUGGCAAUAACCAUUAAGUGCUGAUAAAUGUUAAACCAUUUAACUGACUGUCCAGAGAGGGUGCAGGGAAUCCCUGAUUUGUAAACACUGCCAAUAGCUGUGGUACAAAUAAUCCUACCAGGGCCAGCUUCAGACUACCAGUGGAAUGUCAGCCUCCUUGCAAAAUGCCUGAAAAUUUAGCAGUUGGCGCUUGUGAGCAGGUACAAGUUUCUGUAGCACACCGCUGGAUAACGUGAAUGGUUGGGGCUGUGGACUGUGCAUCAGGGAAAGCCUCCUGGAGUGGCAGGACUCCGAGAAGAACACUUCAUCAGAGAAGAACAUGAAAGUGCAGGUGCCAGCUAGCUCCAGCCUUUGGGCAGGAAUAGGAGAAGGAAAUGGCAGCCCACUCCAGUAUUCCUGCCUGGAAAAUCCCAUGGACAGAGGAGCCUGGUAGGCUACAGUCUAUGGAGUCGCAAAGAGUCGGACAUGACUGAGCGACUUCACUUUCACUUUCACUUUCAGGGCAAAACUGACCUCACUUUUAACUUCAAGAAUAAGAAUUAUCUCUCUCUCCCUCUGGGAAAGCCCUUCCCUGAUGGGCCCACUCUGCCUGAUUUCCCCACUCCGCCUCCACCUACCUCCAGUGACUUCUCCACCCUUCCCACUCUGCCUCGUCAAAACGGCACCCUCAGGGUUGCCCUAUUUAGGGUCUAGCUCCAGGGCUCCCCCGUGUGACAGGGACCUGUCAUGAGCCAUGACCCAGACCAUUGCUCUGCAUUGUGUAAUGUGGGUGACUUGCCCAAAGUAGUGUGGAAU